AUGCAGGCAGGACAUGGAUCAAGAGUAGCUCUAAAUAGUUACGAGAAAACUAGUAGCAGAGAAUAUAACAGUAUUGUUGAAGCCCAGCAACUAAUGUCCAAGCGGUGGCACGAAAUAAUUAAUCUUCCAACAUCGGUUAAGGAAAUAGAUAAUUUCAGAGCUAACAUUCAGUUAGAGUGUAAAAGAAAUAAAAACUUUCUUGCUUAUUUAAUACAACAAUUCUAUAUUACGUAA